AAAAAAGAAAACACAAUGUGUGGGUGGUGAUCACAAAUACAGAUCAGAGACCAAUAUUAAGGAGCCUUUAAUUAGUUGUCCGAGUUUGCCUCGAUCCUUUCUUCACAAAAGGAAUUCAUCUUCUUCCUUCACAAUAUUCUCACAUAACAACAAAUCUUUCGAUCUUCCUCAAGUCUUAUCAUAGAACCUAGACAAAAGCAAUGGUUUGUUCUCUUCUCUUUUUCUAAUUCAUUUGUAGGAUUGUUUGGUUCUAGCAUUACAUGCCAUCAAUGUGAUGAUUUUUUUCUAGUCGGGGCGAAAGAUACACGAUAUUCAAAUCUAUGAAAUGUACUAGUCACAAAAUCUGAUUUAAUUUUUGUCUAAUCAUAUGUUAAUUAGACGUCGAUUUUACCAUGUUAUUGACGUGUCUCUCAUUUUACAUGCUAUAUUUUGUGUCUUGUCUAGUUCAUAAUUGUCAUAACUCAAUUGCUAGACUAAGAUUAUUACUAAUGUUUUGACAUAUGGAAAUUAGUAAUGGAACCGAAAACGCCUAGCUAACUUGAAAGUAUUUUUUUCCCCCGGUAUACAAAAAAUGCUCUCCUCCUAAUUUAUGUGAAUGAAAAGGCGAACGCGGCGUCGGGGAUGGCAGUGGAGGACGAGUGCAAGCUGAAGUUUUUGGAGCUCAAGUCGAAAAGAAACUAUCGAUUCAUAAUAUUCAGGAUAGACGGGCAACAAGUGGUGGUCGAAAAGUUAGGAAACCCCGAUGAGACUUACGAUGAUUUCACCGCCUCCCUCCCUGCGAACGAGUGCCGCUAUGCAGUCUUCGACUUUGACUUCAUCACCGAUGAAAAUUGCCAGAAGAGCAAAAUCUUCUUCAUUGCAUGGUCACCAGAUUCAUCAAGGGUGAGGAUGAAGAUGGUGUAUGCAAGCUCUAAGGAUAGAUUUAAGAGAGAAUUGGACGGCAUUCAGGUGGAGUUACAAGCCACUGAUCCUAGCGAGAUGAGCUUCGACAUUAUCAAAAGCCGAGCUCUCUAG